GAAGAUGAAUUGCCGGAGGAACUGAAACGUUUCGGUAAGGAUUUGGUGGAAAAGAUUGAAAACGAGAUCAUGGAUGCCGGAGAUCCGGUGACAUUUGACGAUAUAGCUGGCUUGCUGGACGCCAAACAGACCAUUCAGGAGGUAAUUUGCUGGCCCAUGAAGCGACCGGACCUUUUUACCGGACUUCGACGAGCGCCCAACGGUUUGCUACUCUACGGACCACCAGGAACAGGAAAGACUCUGAUAGGAAAAGCUAUCGCGCACGAAAGUGGGGCUACCUUCUUUUCUAUCUCUAGUUCAUCAUUGACGAGCAAAUGGAUUGGCGAAGGUGAAAAGCUCGUCCGUACCAUGUUUGCGGUUGCCGCUUACCGAGAACCUGCGGUUGUUUUCAUCGACGAAAUUGACUCGCUUUUGACGCAACGCAAAGCGGACGAAAACGAAGCAAGUCGCCGCAUCAAGACUGAGUUCCUUGUACAGCUGGACGGAACUGGCACUAGUGGCCAAGGGAGGGUGCUGGUGAUUGGCGCUACCAAUCGUCCGCAAGAAUUGGACGAAGCUGCGCGACGACGAUUUGUCAAACGGUUGUAUAUUCCGUUACCCGAAGAGAGCGAUCGCGAAUGUCUAAUACGUGUCUUGCUAGGCAAAAAUAGUCACGGUUUGACGGACGCUGACAUCAAAAAGCUAGCCAAGGAAACGGCAGGUUACAGUGGAGCUGAUCUCAAGGCCUUGUCUGCGGAUGCUGCGAUGGGACCAAUUCGUCAGCUUGGAACAAAAGCGUUGGAAGUUGAUGUAAACGACGUCCCACCCAUAUCGUACAAGCACUUUCGCCAAGCCCGACGCAGUAUGAAGCCGAGUGUGGCACCAUCCGACUUGGUACAGUAUGAGGAGUGGGACAAUAUCUACGGAAGC